AUGACAGACGUCCCACUACUAUCGGACAUCAUCAUGUCGGCGCCUAGGUUCUCAUUCUUUGAAGAGUUGAUCCAAAUCCCUUCCCCGGAAUCAGAACUUCCCAACCACCAGGUCCACACCAUCAACAAAAUAGUGGAUGACAUCGGGUUAUAUUUGAAAGAGCUUCAGAGCAUUUUCAGUCAGAUCAAAAUGUCCCACGUCGAGGCCACCGUGGGACUCGAGUGGUACUAUGAAGGGAAAGACCAGAUCCACCAGUUAAGCCAUAAUUUGACCAACAUCGACUCAAUGCUCACACGGUUGUUGGUGGUGCUUGAAGCGGCAGAAACCUCCAAACACAUCGAGUUCAACCAUCUUCUCAAUAAGUUUGAAGAGUCCACAGACUUGUUAUUGGAAGUCAAGAAAUCCAUGAUUGUGAUCAAGCGGAAAACCGAGAUCUCUAUCAACUACAAGGAACUCGAGGAGACUACGAUGUGGACGUUGAACAAUGAAAUUGAGGAAUGCUUGAAGAUGUUUUUGAAGCUCAAGGAUCUCAGGGCGUUGAGUCCCAGUACCCAGCACAAGCUGUUAUCUCUACCGGAGAUUCUACAACGAAUGCAGACGGACGGGUCGCGGGGCUUGCGGUCGGUGUCGCUCCCCACGUCCAGCGAGGUGGACGAGUCCAUCAACACAGAGUUUGGCAAUCUUGAAAGUCGACUCGAGCCCUUGAAGGUGUCGAUAAACUUUCUCCCGUUGAGAAUCGAGGAGUUUGAGCGGAUGAGCAGCAGCUGGUUUCCAGAGGCCAUUGCAACCAUUCACCAAAGCCAGACCAAGUUGAUGUCGCGAUGGUACUAUUUUCUAGGUGAUUUGCAGCAAUUCAAGAAGGAGACCAUCGAUGCUAAAUGGAAUACUAUAUUUGAGUUUCUUAUCUCGAGGGCUCUGGAAAUCAUUGACGGAUUGGUUAUUGACUUUGAGCAAAAGGCAAAUCGAAAGAUUUCAAAGAAAAUCGGCGAAAACUAUAAGCUCUGCUCUUCCACUAUCAGUAUUGUCAAGGAGUCGGUAGUAGAGAAACUCCUCAACGACCCAGAAAUCAUUCAUAAUUUUAACGACCAACUACUUGACAAGUGGAACUUGCUCAACGACAUUCUUAUGAGGAAUCAAAAGUACGACGAUGCGGUGAACUUUGCCUCCAGCGAGUUUACCAGAUUGAAGUCGUUGCAAAUAGCCAGAACCUCUCACUCUCCCGUGAGAGCGGUGUCUGUGACAUCGCCCGUGAAGCUCCAUCUUCAAGAGAACGACGUGGUUCCAGGCUUGGGCAUUGACCUUGGAAUCGACGUGGAGAAUCUGCAUGUUCCGUUUAGUAUUAAGAAUUCUACCAAGGUCAGGGACUUUCAACAACGCUACACCAUACCCAAGUCCACCAAGCCUAAUCUUCUACAGGAGUUCAAGCUCUCGAAGAAUACUUCCAAAGAGGAUGACGAAGAGACUCUCGUGACAAAGACACCAAAGCUUGGAGCCUUGACGGAGCUCAUGGAGAGUGUAAAGCUCUCGGAGCAUAGACCGUCGCAACAUGAGAAGCUCCCUAGUCGUAUUCCUCAAAUCGUCAAAAACUACACUCAGCUCGGCCUCCCAUUUGUUCCUAAGAAAACCCCUGUAGCGUCUAAGAUCCCUACCAUAGCACCAAGUCAUCUGGUGUUUCAAUCGCCUACUCGCAGCAUAUUUCUCAGUCCAGUUCGCAGCCAAGGGUCCCCAGACUACACACUCCUAUUGCAUUGUCCCAUCCAUGUUAACAAAAGAAGGGCCAACAACAGGUCGCCGACCCCCAAGCCACGGGGAAACGACACCACCAAUCGGCAGGCGUCGAGGUCGUCUCGUACAUCCUCCCUAAACUUCAACCUCAUGUCACCAAACUUGAACCUUGGUCUCACCCCCAACCUCAGUUUCCCGGACUCUCCCCAGCAUUCGCCUGCCUCCGAACUCAACUCGCCGAUAUCGUACCGGUCGACGUCACCCGACCGUCCCACGUCGUCCCUCGGCCUGCGUUUUGAUGACGAGCACCUUCUUCAACCUCUCAAGCACUUCAAACCCGCGUGGAAGUAGAGUGCUCAUAUCAUACCCAUCCUGUAUUAUUAGCUAUAUUAUAUACAAUUUCACUUCUUGUCCUUGUGCACUGUUUCCUCCUUCUUCAUGGUUUUACUGGUAAAACCGUCAAGGAAAAAAUCCCUUCCAAAUACCUUAUACAUGAUACUAUUCUUCUCGACCUGCCAUUUUUCCACCUCAUCGUAGCGUCUGAUUUCUUUGUUGUCGAGAAGUUCUCCCUGACGAACCUUUUUAGUGGACCCACCUUCUAGCCGCCGUACGAGCUCAGACGUGCUCAUGAACAAUAUCGGAAGAGAAAAGAGAAUUAGAAAGAUUCCAUUGUACCGUUUCUUGACUUCUGGGGGAGCUCUUUUCCAGUUGGCUCUUCCUGUCUCAACAAGCUCCUGGAUGAAUUCCGAUUGGGGUUGGUCCGAUAACGGCAGUGCCUUAGGCUUGGGCUUCUGAGGUUGUUUGCCCUCUCUGUGGAACGUGGAAUUCUGGAACUUGCUCAUCAGACUGACACUUGCGAAACACC